UUAGUGCCAAGCUCAGUUAAGACUUGAGAGCCCCACUCUUUUUUCUACUGAAAUACGGAGUAGAAAUACUUACUUGAAGACAUACAAGAUUGGAUUGGGGAGAUUGAAAAAGUUUGAGGUGUUAAUAUAGUUUUUGAGUACUCCAUGAAAAUAGGUCGGAGCUCAAAAAGACGCGAAUUGAUUUCAGCGGUGGCGCUGCUCCUAGUCGUCUUAGCUGCUGGCCAAAUUCAGGAUGGUCUUCUAACCAACGGUGAUUUUGAGAUAUCUCCAUCUGGAGGAUUCCCUUCAGAUGUCAGAUUCUCAGAUGAACCUGCCAAUAUCCCCAACUGGAUAACCAAUGGAACUGUAGAGCUCGUCGAGUCGGGUCAAAAGCAAGGCGGGAUGAUCCUCAUCGUCCCACAAGGACGACACGCCGCAAGGCUUGGAAACGAUGCCGAAAUAAGUCAACAAGUCAAAGUUGAGAAGGGCACAAUCUAUUCGAUCACAUUCAGCGCAGCCCGCACUUGUGCCCAAAUAGAGUCACUCAAUGUCUCUGUUCCCCCGGUAUCACAGAUUAUAGACCUGCAGACCCUUUACAGCGUGCAAGGAUGGGAUACUUACUCGUGGGCUUUUCAGUCUGGAGAAGAGAAUGUUAGGGUUGUUUUCAGGAAUCCUGGCAUGGAGGACGAUCCAACAUGUGGACCUAUCAUUGAUGAUGUUGCUAUGAAGAAGCUUUUCAUUCCCAACAAGCCCAAAGACAACCCAGUACUCAAUGGGGAUUUUGAGUCGGGCCCAUGGAUGAUGAGAAAUGAGUCCUUAGGCGUUCUUCUCUCCACCAACCUCAACGACGAAACCUCACCUUUGCCUGGAUGGAUUGUGGAAUCAAGCAGGGCGGUCCGAUAUAUAGACUCAUACCACUUCAGAGUUCCCGGAGGGAAACGCGCAGUAGAGCUAUUGUCUGGAAAAGAAGGCAUCAUAUCCCAGAUGGUGGAAACCAAGCCAAACAGGCCAUACAUGAUGACAUUCUCGCUGGGCCAUGCUGGAGACAAAUGCAAGCAGCCAUUGGCAGUGAUGGCCUUUGCGGGUGAUCAAGCUGAGAACAUCCAUUACACUCCCAACUCCAACUCCACUUUCCAGACUGCUCAUGUCAACUUCACGGCCAAAGCCGAGCAGACACGGAUUGCGUUCUAUAGCAUUUACUACAAUACGAGAACCGAUGAUAUGAGUUCUCUUUGUGGUCCUGUUAUUGAUGAUGUGAAGGUUGAACGAUCAAAGUCCAGCAGAGUGAAGCCUGCAAGCUUAGGGUUGUUUUUCGGCUUAGGAUCAGGACUACUUGUUUUGUUCAUGUCUUAUGUUUGAAAGGUUUAUAGUAGUAAUUAAAUAGCUAAAUAAAAUGCAUGUGUCCAAGUGUUUAGCAUGGAGAUGACGGUAAAACCAUGCCCCAUGGCAUGUCUAACGUUGUAUCACUGAUUAACUGUUAUGUGAUUUUUGUGCGAAAUUUUUUCAUGGGACUUAGGUACCCCAAACUCCCAAAGUGCCGGGGAAAUGAAAGAAAUGAUUAGGAAAUUUUAUAUUUUGUUAGAUUUUGCCUCUGAAAAUGUUGAGGAAAAUGGAAUAAAAUUGUGGUUUGUUUA